UCCUCGCUCCGCCCUCUGCGGGCGGGUGUCGCUCCUUCGGGAGUUGCCGGCUGGAAGCGGCGCUGGAGGCGCCGUGUUCGGGGGCUUUCGGGCUGCUCGGCCGCGGCCGCAGCCCCUCGGUGCCGCCGAGCUGGAAGCGGCGGGGCAGCGGGACGAGUCAGGCCCAGAGCAGCAGCAGGAGCGGCGGCCGCCCGGCUCCUCACCGCCGCCGAUGGAGGCGAGCCUGACGUGCGCCGUGUGCCUGUCGCUGCUGGAGGAGCCGGUGACGCUGCCGCUGUGCUCGCACAACUUCUGCCGGGGCUGCGUGCUGGAGUGCCUGGCCUCGGCCGAGGCCGCCCGCCUGCGGCAGCUGCAGCGGGGCCCGGAGCAGGCCCGCCUGGGCCGGGGAGCGCCGGGGCCGGGCCCGCCCUGCGCCCGAGUGCCGUGCCCGCUGUGCAGGAAGCUGUGCCUGCUGCCCCGCGGCGGCGUCGCCGCCCUGCCCGUCAACACCACCCUGGCAGAGGUGGUCAAGCUCUACCGGUCCGGCGCGGCGGGCGCCGCCAAGACCGGGGAGGCGGCGCCGGGGCCGAGGCCGGGGUCCGACCUGCUGUCCCCGCUGGCGCUCGGGGGAAGCUGCCACAAACACCCGAGCCGGCCGGUGCAGCUCUACUGCCGCAUGUGCCGGCAGGCGGGGUGCGGGCAGUGCGUCUCCGAGGAGCACCAGGGCAUCUUCCACUCCGUCAACCUCAUAGACACGGUGUACCAGGAAGAAAAAUUAACCUUCUUCAGCACUCUGAAACAAAUGAGAAUAAUAAAUGAGAAGCUGAUGAAUGAGAUCUCAAAACGACCAAAUGAUACGGAUAUGAUGCUGAACAACGAUGUGGAGAUAAUUGAGCUGAAAUUUGGAGAAAUUUUCAAAACUCUAGAAAUGAAAAAACAGCAGUUACUAGAAGAUGUUGAAAAUCAAAGAGGUAAAAAAGAGAAAGAAUUUCAGAUUUGGAAGAAAAUGAAAGAAACUCACAAGAAGACCAUUGAGAAUUUUUUGAAAGAUUGUGAAAAGCUUGUCCAUGAGUGUGAUCCUCAGCGUUUCCUGGAGGUUGCCUGUGGCUUGAAUACAAGAAUGAAAACUCAGCUUGACGUGAUGAAUAUAGCAUCCAGCUGGGAAAGACCACCAGUGUGUAUGCCAAAGAAGAUGGAUAUCAAAUCUGUGGUUAAUGAAAUCAUAGCUUUGGAGUUAACACCUGUUAAUGUAGGCAUUGUUAAAGGAUUACCAUAUGAAGGAAAUGAGAACUCAAGUCUGUUUAAAGAUAUCACGAAGCAGUGUCAGGACCAGAAGAAUAUACCAAACACAUUUCUUCCUGUGGCGGGACAGGAUGAAGCAGACGGUAGCAAGAUCUCUACUCGUUUUAUGUCGAUAUCACAAAUGUUAGCAUUUCAAAAUAUGAGUCAUGAGGAGUUACGUUACAAAUACUAUAUGGAACUUCAGAAACUCAACAAUUUGUUCAAGACACAAAAUUUACCUGCAAAUAAAAAAUAUAAAUUUUUAACUGCUGAGGCCUGGAAGGAUAAGUCCUCAGGAACUCCUUUUGUAUCUUCACCUACCAAAGCAAGUAACACAGAUAAAAUAAAAGUGGCAACCCUGCGAAGAGCAGGCCGCUUUGACAAAAGAAAUUUUCUUGGAAGCAUCCCAUCCACAAAUACAAACGUUUCUGAAACAAAUGGUGACUUAAAAUUGUUUCAUGAGGGAAAUUCCCAGGAAGUAACCACUCAAGACUCAGAGAACUCUAAAGACUUGUUAGUUAAAGAAAAGUUACAGCCAUCCUCAGUUACUGUUUUCAAUGAAAUGGACACAAAUUCUAGCACUUCAUCAGGUGUAAAACCAGCAGCAGCAGUAGCUGUUACUGCUGCAAGUUCAGAAUCUCUAGAUAUUUCUGCAGAGAGACUUUCUGGUGUACCUUUUACUUUCAGUGCAACUAACAACUCAUUACCAAGAUUUAUUAAAGAUAGAGCUAUAUUUUCCUUUAGAAAGCAAGACAGGAAAUGUGCUUUCCCUCAGUUUUAUCUAGGGAAAUGUGAUAAUGUGGAUAAAACUGAUAACCGGGAUAAACGUGGUUGUGAAACCAAAACCACAGUUUGUGAUUCUUCAACCAGUCCUAAUUUAGACUCAGCAGAAAGCGCAAAGCCAUACAUUUUGUUUCCCUUUGGCAAUUCAGAAAGAGAUUGGUUUGUACGAUCAGAAGUCAGUAAUUCAUUUAAGGUUUUACCACCAUCAUCGUUUCUUAACCAGUCUGAGAAGCCAUCUGACAAAAAAAUGUUAUCUCCCAUGAGAGAAAAAACACUUUGUGCAAAAGAAACUGCAGAAUAUGGUACACAGAAAGCAUCUGUCUUAUGGGAACAAAGAUCUCAUGCCUCAGAAUCCAGCACAACUGUAGCUUGCGUUACUUCAGAAACCAAUACUGCUGCUGGGGUGAAUGAUGUCUCUGAAUCACCCCUUCUAACCAAUAAUUGUGCAUUUGCCUUCAAAAGUAACUUUCCAUUAUCUUCAUCAGUAUUUUCAUUUGGAGGUAUUGUCAAAAAUACCUCUGAAUCACCGACUACUUCUGUGGUUUUUUCUGGAAACAGAACUGAAAAAAUGGAAAAGGAGAAGAGCAAAUCUCCUGACAAAACACUUGAAAAUCUAGGGAAGCCUGUAUCCUCUGAGUCUGCAGAGCCUGCUUCUAGUUGUAGUCAUCCAUGUGAAGGCUCAUGCUUUCCUGUGAACUCAGCUAAAAAAGCUGAAAGUGCAGAAAUGCUUGAUGAUGAUAAUGCUUCCUGUAGUCAGCCUUUAUGUUCAGUUAUGCUUCCAGCUGAAUAUGAGAAUACAUCUUCCAUUCAAAUUACUACAGCAACAAAACAAGAAAAAAAGGUAGAAGAUGAAGAAACUGUUUCUGCAAACAGCUGUAUGCGUCCUAGGAGGGAAGAUGAACUUGAGCCUGUACAGUUUCAGAAUGCAGUGUGUUCUGUUCCUGGCACAUGCAAUGAUCCGUCUUUAGGAGGUUCUGUGCAUGCAGUAAAUGAGACAGGAGGAAUGCCAAGUGACAGCAAUUCUGACACUGAGGAGCUAAGUCAAACAUGUGUCUCUACUGAUACCAACCACGCAUCAGAAUACUUUUCUGUUGCAGAAGACAAAAUGUCUACUAGAAGAAAAUCAGACAUGAAGAAAGAGUGAAAUAGAAGAUAACUAUACUUAAAUAAACUAGAAAUAAAUAAAUUCUACUUAACACUUUAAAA